AUGAGAACCUCACACGACGUCGAGAAGGAAUCGCACGCUGCUAUGCACAAGGAGCUCGCCGAAGAGACGGUCCACGAGGCCGCUGAGCGUGGACACCAGGCUACUGAUCAAUAUGGCAACUCUCUCAUUCAGUUUGAUCCUAAAGCUGAGGCCAAGCUACGCACAAAGAUCGACUUCAUGAUCAUACCCACUGUCUUCAUGUUGUAUCUUUUCUGUUUCAUUGAUCGAGCCAACAUCGGCAACGCAAAGUUGGCCCGUUUGGAAGCUAGUCUAGGCUACGAUUACAACGCUAUCUUGUCUGUCUUCUACAUCAGUUAUAUCAUCUGCGAGAUUCCGGCGAACAUGUGCUGCAAAUGGCUCGGCCCUGGUUGGUUCAUUCCCGGUAUCUCCCUGGCUUUUGGUCUCUGUUCCAUUGCCACCGCUUUUGUCCACAACUUCAGCCAGAUGUGUGCCGUCAGGUUUGUCCUUGGUAUCUUCGAGGCUGGUAUGCUUCCUGGAAUUGCAUACUACCUCUCCCGCUGGUAUAGAAGAUCUGAGCUAGUUUGGAGACUCGGUCUCUAUGUUGUUGCCGCGCCCUUAGCUGGCGCAUUCGGUGGUCUGUUGGCCUCGGCUAUCUUGAAAUUGGAUCACUUCGCUGGGCUCAAAGCAUGGAGAAUGAUCUUUGCUAUCGAGGGAAUCAUCACCGUGGGCCUCGCGGUCAUCUCCUUCUUUACUCUGACAGACAGACCCGCGACUGCCAGGUGGCUUUCCCAGGAGGAAAAGGACCUGGCCAUCUCCCGUGUCAAGUCCGAGAGAGUCGGAGCUACCGAGGUUCUGGACAAGUUUGACCGCAAGAAGAUCUUCAAGGGCAUCUUUUCCCCUGUCACUGUGGGCACAGCUACGAUCUUCCUGCUCAACAACGUCACUGUUCAAGGUCUUGCUUUCUUUGCCCCUACAAUCGUCAAGACGAUCUACCCUCACAACACAGUUGUCAGCCAGCAGCUUCACACCGUUCCUCCUUACAUCGUUGGUGGCUUCUUCUGUCUGAUGUUCCCAUACGUCAGUUGGAAGAAAGACUUCCGCCUUCCUAUCCUGAUCUGCUCAACUCCUCUGGUCAUCAUCGGAUACGCCAACGUCGUCUCAGACACAGCACGCAGCUCGGCCAUCGGCACCAACGUCAUGUUCGGCAACAUCGGUGGUCUUAUUGCCACUUGGUCGUUCCUUCCCUUCGAUGGACCUAACUACCACAUUGGUAAUGGUCUCAAUCUGGCCACUGCUAGUACUGGACUGGGCUUGUGUGUCUUGUUGUGGUUCUGGAUGAAGGGCGAUAAUAAGAAGAGAGAUGGCAGAGAUGUUGAUCAGGAGUUGGCUGGUACCACUCUUCUUGAGCAGCAGGAUAUGGAUUGGAAGCACCCUAGUUGGAGAUGGAGACCUUGA